GGCCGCCGCGUCGGCUGGGACGUCACUUCCGGGACGCUUCCUCGCGGGGCCUUGUGGGUAGCCGGCCAGGGUCUCCUGGCGUCGAUGAUGGCGGGGGAUGUGGGCGGCCGCAGCUGCCCCGAUUCGGAGCUGCUGCUGCACCCGGAGCUGCUGUCCCAGGAGUUCCUUCUCCUCACCCUGGAGCAGAAGAACAUAACUGUUGAAAAUGACAUGAGAGUAAAUAAAGACAGUCUUACCGAUCUUUAUGUUCAGCAUGCAAUACCACUGCCUCAGAGAGAUUUGCCAAAGAACAGAUGGGGGAAAGUGAUGGAAAAGAAAAGAGAACAACAUGAGAUAAAAAAUGAGACGAAAAGGAGUAGCACUGCAGACGGGUUUCGGAAAAGACCCCUCAUCGUGUUUGAUGGGAGUUCAACAAGUACAAGCAUAAAAGUGAAGAAGACUGAGAACGGAGACAAUGACCGACUCAAGUCCCGGCCUCAGGCCGGCGCUACCAGUAAUGCCUUUCGAAAAUUGUCAGAUUCCUCUUCAGGUGUUUCACCCCUAAUUUUGUCUUCCAAUUUGCCUACGAACAAUAGAAUGGAACACAAUAAUAAUGACACUAAACAGAACCAUGACUUAACGCAUAGGAAAAGUCCUUCCGGCCCUGUGAAGUCGCCGCCUUUGUCGCCUGUAGGAACUACUCCGGUGAAGUUAAAGCGAGCCGCUCCCAAGGAGGAGACCGAGGCCGAGGCCGCGGCCGCGAAUAACCUGAAGCCCCCAGAAGCAAAGAGGAAGAUACAGCAUGUUACAUGGCCGUGAAGGAAAGUUUCCAAAAAUGUAAAUAUAACUGUAACUAGUUUUUCAAACGAGUUCACAUUUACUGACAGUAUUUACAGAGAUCCUGAUUAUUGUGGAAUUUUCUUAAGAGGUUUAAAUUAGGUUCAAAGAAAUAAAGUCCUUUCCUUUCCUUUUUCCCUCCUUUUCCUUCCUCUGGGAGGAAGAAAUCUUGCCUUUCAUGCUCCAAUUAGGAAAGAAUUUCUUUUUAAACAAAUGGUUUAGUAUAAGUCAUUUAUAUUGGUCCUCCUCAAAUAAUUAGCUGCAAGUCAGGUAUAAAGCAUUUGAUGAACUUUAGGAAUUAUUCGCAUUAGUCUCUUUUGGUCUUUGGGGAAAUUUGAGGUUUUUGAAACUCGGAUAUUUUAGAAGUUCACAAUUUUCAUUUCUUUUCCCAAGCAAAAGAAAAUAACAGUUCACUGCAGUAUUCUAGUGAAUUCUGCCAAACU